AGCAGUAGUAGAGGGUUGUAGUAGUAGUAGCAGUAGUAGAGGUAGUAGCAGUAGCAGGAGUAGUAGCAGUGGUAGUAGUAGCAGCAGUAGUAGUAGAGGUUGUUGUAGUAGUAGAGGUAGUAGUAGCAGUAGUAGCAUUAGUAGUAGUAGCAUUAGUAGUAGUUGCAGCAGUAGUUAUAGUAGUAGUAGUAGUAGUAGUAACAGUAGUAGUAGUAGUAGUAACAGUAGUAGUAGUAACAGUAGCAGUAGUAGUAAGUGUAUUAUGUGUUUGUGCUACAGACAGCUGUCUGCAGAGGAGAUUGCUCAGGUACCAGCCAACUCCACCAGCAACAUCCUCAACAGGCUGAUGGUGACAUAUGACUCUCGAAUACGACCCAACUUUAAAGGUGUUCCGGUGGAAGACAAGAUUAAUAUGUUCAUCAACAGUUUUGGCUCCAUCCAGGAAACCAACAUGGACUACCGUGUGAACAUCUUCCUGCGUCAACGGUGGAACGACCCGAGGCUGAAGCUCCCGGCGGACUUCAAAGGAGAAGCGCUGACGGUGGACCCCAAGAUAUUCCAGUGUCUAUGGAAACCAGACCUGUUCUUCGCCAACGAGAAACAUGCCAACUUCCAUGACGUCACGCAAGACAACAUCCUGUUAUUUAUCUUCAGGAAUGGAGACAUUCUCAUCAGCAUGAGGUUGUCAGUGACCCUGUCCUGCCCUCUGGACCUCACUCUGUUCCCCAUGGACACACAGCUGUGCAAGAUGCAACUGGAGAGCUGUACGUAA